AUGGAUUUGAUCUCAGCGACGAUUGUGGGGGAUAAGAGAGAGGAUUGCAUAGACAAUGCUUCACUAUCCUUAAAACACGAAAAAUGGCCGAUUUUAAUAUUUUCUCAUGGACUCGGUGGAUCUCGAAACUUCUACUCGACAUUCUGUACCUCACUGGCCUCUCACGGAUAUGUGAUAGCGGCAGUGGAGCAUAAAGAUCACUCCGCGUGUUGGACGUAUAACUUGAUCGAAAAAAAUGGGGAGCUGGUGGAGGAACCAAUUAAGAUCACAUUGAUUGAAAAAAAUGAUUCGGAAGAGUUUAGGAUGAGGAAUCAGCAGGUCAAUCAACGCGUAUCUGAGUGUGUAAAUGCUCUGAAACUUUUGGAAAACUUGAAUACCGGUGUGGCCCCAGAGAAAAUAUUGAUUGGAAAGGAUUUCGAUUGGCGCCAAUUCGAAAAUCGAUUGAAUCUUUCUACGGCAGCAAUCAUUGGACACUCGUUUGGAGGUGCUACUUCGCUAGCGGCUUCGGCUUCUAACGGUUUUCAGAAAUCAAUAGUGCUUGAUGGUUGGAUGUUCCCACUCGAUUCCUGUCAACAGCAAACCUCAAUAAAACCAAUUUUAUUCCUAAAUGUAGGGGAUUGGCAGUGGGAGGAAAAUCUGGAAGUGAUGAAGAGAAUGCUUCCGAACAAUGAGGGAAAUCUGGUGCUCACGUUGAAUGGAGGAGUUCAUCAAAGUUUUUCGGAUUUCCCGUUCAUAUUUCCGAAUUGGCUAGCGAAACACUUUGCGGUUCAGGGCUCCACCGAAUCCACGCUCUGUAUUCAAGCAGCCAUCGAACUGACUCUCGCAUUUCUUGAAAAUGGAAAAGAAGGUGCUCAGAGGCUGAAAGAUGAGAAAUUCUUCAAUUUUAUCACAAAUGAGAUUUAUGGAAGAGAGCGGUUCAAGAUUUUAGGAGUAUGA